AUAUGUAAAUCCCUGUAUAUUGAUGACUUUAAUAUUGAUCUUGAUGCUCACUCCCAGAAUGAUAUGCAGCAUCUUAUGGACUCCUUUUCAACAGCAUGCAAUGCAUUGAGCCUAACAACCAGCCUACAAAAGACAGUCAUAAUAUACCAAUCUGCACAAGAUGACAAUGGGAAUCUUUACCCAAGUUUUGAAACACCAAAUGCCAUAAAGGAUAAAAAAUUCACAUUGAAAUGCAAUAUUGAGGGUGGUAGAAGAUUUUGGUUUACUGGAAAUGGAACACUUAUUGCUAAAUACACUGGAACAGUAAACCAAAAUUAUACAUAUUUUGGUAGCCGUCAAGAAACUAGUUGCCAAGAGAAAAUCUGCACAUUGAGUAUAACCAGCAUUAGUUUAGAUGAAGACAACAUGAGCAUUAUUUGCAGUUCUGGUUUCCAUACAAGCAUGUUCAAUAUUACAGUAUUUGUUUUACCAAAAUCAGUCACAAUCAAGAGUAUUUCUAACACAGUUCCUGUGGAAAAUCAGAACAAAAGUUAUGAAUGCCUUAUUAAAGACACCAACCCUGAAUUUUCAGUCUUUUGGUUGAUUACUAGAAAUGAUGAAACAAAAAAAAAUGUUACAAAGUAUAUUUCAAACAAGACAAGCAAAUCAGGAAAGCUGAGCACUUUAUCAUCAGAACUGACAUUAACUCUUAAUAAGAAGUUUAAGAAAUUACAGUGUGUUGCAUAUUUUCCGGGUAAAAAUGAAUUUGAUAACCAUUCAAAGAAACUCGAUUUGCAUAUAAAAUGUAAGUUUUUCUUCUUUAUCUCUAUAAAGCACAAAGUAUAGAUUUGUUCAAAAUAUUUUUGUGAAAUUUUUCUUCAUUUCUAGAUUUAUAUUUACCACAACAAUGAGAAGAUUACACAACUUCAACAGUU